GUAAAGCAGUAAAAGCCCAAUAUGGCAGAAGCAGCGGGUCUUGCGCGGUAACUAAAGCAACAUUUCAACACACUGUCAAAUUCAACACUAAUCAGCGCAAGACCGCAGCGAUGAGGGAGAGACAGAAGAAAAAGAAGGGGAGGACAUGGGCAGAGGCUGCUAAAACGGUAUUAGAAAAGUACCCCAACACACCCAUGAGCCACAAAGAGAUCUUACAGGUGAUCCAGAGGGAGAGACUGAAAGAGAUUAGAAGUGGUACUUCUCCGCUGGCCUGUCUCAAUGCUAUGCUCCACACCAACUCUCGCGGUGAAGAAGGAAUGUUCUACAAAGUACCUGGACGAAUGGGGGUCUACACACUGAAGAAGGACAUUGGGGACGUGGUGAAGGAGCUGUCUGAGGAGGGGUCCGAGGAGGACGAUAGUGAUAAUCUGUCUGAUUCCCAGGGAAGCACAGAGAACAACAACUACACUAACAACCAGGAGGGCAUGAGGGGACAGUGGAGGAGGAGAGGGCCCUCCAAGCUGCCGUCUGAUCCGUCGUCUCCUCAGCCACGUUGUUCAUCUCCCUCUGUCCCCAGUAGCAAGCUCAUCUCUCCCUCACAGAAACACAGCAAGAAGGCCCUCAAACAGGCCCUGAAGCAGCAGCAGCAGAGGAACCAGCGGAGACAGGGGGGCAUGCCCACCACCUCCAGCCCGAGACUGCUCAUCAAGAACGUAAAGGACAUGGCUGACACCAUUGCCACUAAGACCGAAUCCUGUCCUGCCUCUGGUACCAGGAAGAUGUCUCAGAGGUCCAAUCGACUCAGUGCACGGCAACUGAAGCGUACCAAGUGUGCAGAGAUAGACGUUGAGACACCAGACUCUAUCCUGGUUAACACCAACCUGCGUGCCCUGAUCAACAAACACACCUUCUCUGUCCUGCCCACAGAGUGCCAACAGAGGCUACUCACACUACUGCCUGAGGUCGACCAACAGGCCUGUAUGGAUGGUCUGUUGAAGGUCACCAGUUCUGCCUUGAACAAUGAGUUUUUCACAUCAGCAGCUCAGUCCUGGAAGGAACGACUGGCAGAAGGUGAGUUCACUCCUGAGUUGCAGCUUAGAAUGCGUCAGGAGAUUGAGAAGGAGAAGAAGGUGGAGCAUUGGAAGGAAAGCUUCUUUGAGAGCUACUAUGGUGAAAACUCUGGACUCAGCUUAGAGGAAUCCAAAGAGUUGCUUGAGUCUGGUCUUAGUCUGGAGCUCUCAGCCACCAAACCCCAGUCGUCUCCUCCAACACAGCCAAGUCCUGCUGGCCAAGCACUGCAAGAUCCCAAGGUCCCUGAGAACAGCUGCCAUACUCGUUUUUCAGAGAGGAGGCUCCGAUCAUCAUCACUGCCUAUAAACCCUACAUGUAAACCAAUAGAACCUCCAUCUAAACCCAUAGAGCCUUCCAAGCCAAGACCGGAACCAGAGCCUGUUCAGGAAGAACCAGUACCAGUCCCACCCGUUGUCCCACCAGUUCUAUUACCGAAAAAUGUACAGAAGACACUGGAGGUUGAGUACCCCAGACACAGGACUCGUAGCAGAGGUUUAUCCCUGCCUAUAAUGGCAGUGGAGGCACCUGUUGUGAGGAGACAAGAUGUGGUGGACUCAACCUCAAUGGUUACUCCACUUGGGGAGAAGCAGAAGGAGGAAGAGGAACAGGAGUUGAAAGAGGCCCAGCCGGAGACCCCCCAGUCCCCUGAGGUCCCACAGUCCCCUGCCCAGGAGAAUCAUCCAGAGGUCUGCCCCCAGAAGAAGCUCAGAUCGUCACUGCUGACCGACCUUCCAAAGCCAGAGCCUCUGGGCUUGGACAAGCACAGUGGGGAGAGGAGGGAAGAUGUAGAUGUUGCACCAGAGAGAGGCACCUCAGUCUCAGUGUCAGUCACCCCCGUAUCCACCCCCGUAUCCACCCCCGUAUCCACCCCCGUAUCCACCCCCGUAUCCACCCCUGUAUCCACUCCUGUAUCCACCCCUGUAUCUACCCCCAUAUCCACCACCCCAUCCCCGGAGCCGUUGAAAAGGAAGUCCUCAUCCAGUGAACAGGAAGUAGAGCUGACUCCAGAGAAGAGGGCCCGCAUCACAUCCGUGGUAACCUCUCCAGCAACCACCAUAACAACAGCACAGAGAGUGCCUCCGCUUAAGAUUCCUGUGUCACGAAUCCUAUCAGUCCCUGCAUCUCCAACCCAGGUGUCCCCCAGAACCCCUCUCCCCCUCAGCCCUGGCCCCAGCCCCGGACGCACUGGUGCUCGCACUCUGGCUGACAUCAAGGCUAAAGCUCAGCUAGCCCGGGCCCAGCGUGCAGCAGCAGCUGCUGCAGCCAGCUCCUCCUCUAAAGGUGCAGUACCAGGCCCGGGACCAGGAGGAGGCAAUGUAGAGCAGAGAACCCAUAGAGCUUCAGCCCAGACCCUCCACUCCAGACCCUCCUCCUCCACCCACAGCUCCACCCAGUCUCAGUCAAUCACCAGGCUGCCAGUAAGUAGCACCACUGGUCAAUCUACCUGUCAAUCACCUGAUGCAGUCAUCACAUCAGCCCACUCCCGUUUGGUCCAAUCAUCAGGCUCCUCUGUGCCCUUUGACCUUAGCCUGUCUCAAAGAAGCUCCAACACCGGUAGAGUGUCUCUCACUGAUGACCAACAGAGAGGCUACUCCGAUAGUCUUAUGAACCCAGGUUCUCUGAUGGGCCCUCAACAUGGGAACAUUCAACAUACGUCAUACCCACCAGGUCCCCAGUCAACCUCUAGCUACACCUCAUCUGUGUGUGGUGUGAAGAGCCAGUAUGUAUCUGGUGUAUCUGGAGGCUCCAUGGCAGCCAGGGCUAGCCACUUCAUCCCAGCCAACAACCCUCUGGUCACCUCUCUCCUCCAGGGGAAAGAGGUUCCUCUGGAACAGAUCCUCCCCAAGCCGCUGGCCAACGCAGAGGUCCAGAUGGCCCAGGCCAAACCCUCCCAUGAUGACAAAGGGACGAUAAAGUCCCACAGCACUGCUGGGACAGCCGGUGGUGAGAAUCAGAGCCAAUACCUACACGCUGGUGGUGUAGAGGACUACAGUAGAUCUGAACAGCAAGGAUCCAUAGGCCAGUCCACUUCCACCAUACCUGGAACAAGAGCAGGUAUGUUGGCAGAGCUCCAGCGCCAUCCAAGGGAAACACCUAACAAAGACAUCCAGGAACAGAUCCUCCAGACUCUGAUGCAGAGGGCCACCCAGCAGCACCAGAACCAGCCAUAUGGGGUCUCAGGCAGGGCUCAGCCUGCCCAGUUCGGAGCUUGUAAUCUGGGGCACCAGAAGGAGUGUGUGGACCGUCUUCGGUUCUCAGCAGGGUUCCCUGGACGGAAGAGGAUGUCCAGGCCUGCCAUGUCAGGGCACUACCUCCUCAAUGUCUCCACGUACGGACGAGGCUCAGAGAGCAGUAAACGCUCCCACCCAUUGACCACCGCUAACACCUCACUGACCCCACUGACCAAUCUAAAGAGAGAGCACAUUGAGGGGGAAGGGGAGGAGUCAGUGGAGAAUAAGUCUCAUUCUCAUUCUAACCCUGCUGGAGUGAAGAUGGAAGAGCAGGGCUUCUCAAUCACAAAAAUGGAUGAAGCUCUGGGCUUUCAACACUGCUCCAGAGUAAUGUCUGAGUCUCCAUCAGUGGGGGGCUGUCUACCGGAGCAGGAGGACAACAGUUCAGCCGGUACAGAUAGAGACAGUGGCACUUCUGCAAGAGCCAAAGAAACCAACCCUUUCACCCAAUCACAAUCACAGCACAGGAGGCACCCGGAACUCUGCAAUACUAAACAGGGUGGUCAUUCCGAGCCAUAUCGUUUAUCUGUAUCUCCCCAUGUGGGGACCAUGGACCCCAGUCACCCCAGUACUCACCAGCGUCCGUCUGCCUUUCAAAUCCAGAGACCUCCAAUCGAUAAUCAGGAAUCCAUGGUGGGUUCCUGCUACGGUGGCACCAUCAGCAUGUCUGUACCUCACCACAGUGCUGCUGCUUCAGGCACCGCUUCCAGCGCCUCCCCCUCUGUGUCAGGUAGUGGUGGGGACAGUGGCAGUGGCACCGGCAGUGUCAUGUCUUUCUCAGUGACCGUCACCACCAUACCUGCCGGUCACCCAUUGGACCACAGCAGCCAGGGGGAGGGGUCUCCAGAGCAGGGGUUUAUGGAGGGAUCUGGUAUAGAGAACGUUCAGUCUAAAUGCUACUGCCGACUCAAAGCUAUGAUAAUGUGUAAAGGGUGUGGGGCCUUCUGCCAUGACGAUUGCAUUGGCCCUUCGAAACUCUGUGUCUCGUGUCUAGUGGUACGAUAAAACUAAUAAUAAUGUCAUAAUGCAGUGCUGAGAGAAUAACUGUUAUUUUUCGUCGGUUCAAUUAUUUGAAUUCCAUUUCUGUGAGCUCGAUGUGCAGUUAAAUCAGAUCAAGCCUCAAACUGUGAUGUAAUAGGGAGUUGUAGUUUCUAACAGGCCAAUAUUCUACAUAGUU